AUGUCCUUGCUAACCCCGGACGAGGACCGCAAAUGGUUACCGACUCAUGUGCAGGUGACGGUGCUCAAAGGCAGAGGACUACGGGGCAAGGGCAAGCAUGGCACCAGUGAUGUGUACACUAUCAUACAGCUGGGGAAGGAGAAAUACUCGACCUGUGUGGUUGAGAAGACAACCGAGCCCGAGUGGAGGGAGGAGUGCACGUUUGAGGUUCAGCCGGAUGCCCUGGAGAGAGGCAGCGAGCUGGUCCUCACCGUGAUGCACCGGGCUCUGAUCGGGCUGGAUGUGUUCUUGGGACAGGCAGUGAUUCCUCUGGAUGAGGUGUUUACAGCGAGCAGAGGCGUGAAAAACCACUGCAUCAUCUCGUCUCAAAGGCAUCUCUUAUGUUACAGUAUCAGCUGUGGAAGGUGGUACAGACUGAACUCAAAGACUGGUAAGAAGGAGAAGGAGCGAGGAGAAAUUCAAGUCACCGUGCAGUUCACCAGAAACAAUCUAACAGCCAGUAUGUAUGACCUGGUCAUGAAGGACAAAGGCGUCUCCACCUUUUUUAAGCUAAAAGAGCGCAUUAAGGGCAAGAGGCGAUCCAGUGAAGAAGACUCGUCAUCGGCCAUAUUACCUGGUGGAUACGGCUCGUUGGUGCGUAUGCGUCAGAGGUUGCCUAGUGAUGGCGGUGGAGAAGAGUACUAUGAGGAUGAUGAGGGAGGAGAGGUCCGCAGGAGUAAGAUGAGAACCUUCUUUUUGAGAGGGAAGCUGCGUAAAUCCUCAGAUACUCGCUCUAGCACGUCCCUUGGCUCGGAAAGCAGCGAGUCCUCGUCGAGAGGGGGAAGCCUCAGCCCCACCGCCGGCAUCAGUGUGGUGGUGUCUGACCUGUCCAACUCUCCCAGCAACAGCAGCAACCUGACCGCAGACAACAGCCCAGAGCACACGGCUAACACGUCGCCAAAGUUGACCUCUCCCAAAUGUGAAUUUGAGGAUGAGGCUGGUGAGAUCACCAUCGCAGUGCCUCAGCCCGAAGUGUGCGUUAAUGGAAGCCAUUCUCUCAGCGUCCAGCCGCUGGACUCAGGAAAAGCAGCACUGCUCGGCCUGGGACUGUUGAAGCCUUUGCCCCUGUCCAUGUCCCUCCAGAACCUCAGCCCACAGGACAAAGACCUGCCUCCUUGCAUCCUGGCAGAAGGGCGCCGAUGGUCCUUCGAUAAACCUGAUGCAGAAGAGAAGGCUGCGAUAGCAGCUGCGCUGGAGCAGAGUGGGCCCAUGCAGGCAGAUCCAGAGGAGGAUGGUUUAGACCCAGCUUCCUCCUGCACUGUGGAGGCAAAUGGCCACAUCCAGAGGAGGAAAGAGGACUCUGAACUGGCCUCAACAGAGGACCGGCACAAAGGCUGGUUUGGAUCAAAGGACUUGCACAACAAACCCAGUCACAGCCCGGUGAUGUCACUCACAGACUCCCACUCACCCACUCACUCCUGGGGCAGCUCUGUAGACUCCCCUGGGCACCUCACUAACCCCUUCAGCCCCUCACCCCCACUCUUGUCCCGCUCUAACCCGUUCUUCACCACUCUGCACAACCCUUUCUUUAAAGACAUGUCUUGCACUCAGCCCCUGAAUCCUUCACCACCUCCUCUGCCGUUUCUUUCUAGUGCUCGUCCUCCAAUAACCACGCUCUUCCCGGAGGUCAACAUGCAGUUCAGCAACUUGUCAAGGAAAACAUUGGUCGAAAAAGAAGAACAAACUGAACUAAACAAGAUGCCCAAACCUUCCCCAUCAGAACAAGGAAUGGACUCGGAACUUGACCAUUCGUUUGAUGAGUUUGCAGCCGGCAGACUUCAGUCUCCAGAUGAUAUAACUCCUGAUUCCAAAACACUACAAAACACAUCUUGCAGUGAUCCUCCAUUAGACUGCCUCGGCAGCUCGGCAGAGGAUGAUGGCCUCUCAUGCUUCUCAUCCUGUUCUGCAUCGGACAAGCUCUCGUCUUCAGAGGAAACAGAGGUGCACAAUUUUGAGAGUAGCUUUGAAAAGAACCCUGGCAUUAAAAAUGUAAAGACGUCAGAGUCCGAAGAGGAGUUCACAGACAAGUCAGAGGAUAUGUCUUUAGACCAACAAACGGUCUUUGAACUUGAGGCGGAGCAUGGCACUCUGCAGCGCUCCCUGUCAGAAGGCGAGCUGAAGCCGGCCUUGGACGAGCUUCAUCCACCAGCAUUUGGAAGCGAUCCUGAACUGGCCUCCUCCAAACCUCAGCCAGCCCUGCUCCUCUUCUCUCCUCUCACUCCUUCUCUAACUCCUCAGUGCAGUAGCUCCCCUAUAGCGCUCUGUCCCCCUCCUCCUGUCGCCGACACCGCUACAUGGGAAUCACCCGCUCAGCAGCAGCAGCAGACAGCCAAUCAGCUCGUCAGUCCUCAUCCAGUGAAGCCCCUGACCACUGCCGCAGAAGACAAGAAAAAUGAGGGCCGAUCAAUGUUGGAGAAGCUAAAGUUCACACGAAACACCGGGAAGAGCAGCCCAUCCACGGAUGACAGCGAUAAGAAGAAGGCUCUGACAGAGGGAGCGGGCUCCUACUACCACCUGACGCACAGUGAACUGGUGGCUCUGCUUGUGCAGCGGGAGGCGGAGCACCACACACAGAAGGCGGAGUUUGAGCGACAGAAAAUCCUUUUAGCCAAACGAGAGACAGAGCUGAAGAGGCUGAAACCGCAGGUCAGAGAUUUAGAGGACUACAUUGACACUCUGUUGGUGAGAAUUAUGGAGCAGAAACCCACUCUCCUGCAAGUGGGCUCCAAAAACAAGUGA